AUGGUUCAAAAAACUGGGAAAAACUCUGAGCCUUGCACUCCAGAUACUCCCUCUGCCACUGCUUCACCAUCAUCUUCUGAAGAUCCUGCAACGCUCACAGCUCCUCCCUCACCAUCUCCUCCAUAUGGUUGUGAAGUCUCCAUAUUUUCAUCACCACAGCCCACCUCCGCCAUGGCCCUGAAUCUUGAACCAUCACAAGUAUCAGCUUCUGGCUCACUGAACCCGUCUUCUACUUCCAUUUCCUCCCUACAUUCUGGUCUUCCUUCCACUGUGGCACCAACUGCCUCUGCUUCAGCUACACAACCUCGCAUUUACUCACCUACAAAUAUUGCUGGUUCACCUAGCCACGGCCCACACCUUAUUGACUGGCUUCCAUACCUUGCUUCAGUGAUGACCACCACAAAGAGAGGAAAGGAAGAAGAACAAACAUCCCUUGGAACUGGCCCACCUGAGCACAUGAAGAGGUGUGGAAGCACAUAUUUACCAGUACUCAGUGAAGGGGACAAUAUUCAUGCUGGGUUCAUCAAGCAGCAGCCUCCGGAGUCAGUUUGUUCACCACCCACAUUUCAGGACAUUCCCCCCCAUUCUGAACAGGUGCCUGCCACUCUAGGAGACAUCCUGGCAGAGCUGAAGACAAUGAACCACCACCUUUCCAUCAUAGCAAGGGCUCUUAGCCACCUUGCCUCAUCUUGCACAACUCAACAGGACUCCACAAAUGCUCAAGGCUUGUAAAAGAGGAAAUCUCCCUUCUACACUUUUAACUAGAACAACAGAAACAUUGGUAUGAGAGAGUUU